AUGUUUCGUGUUUUCAAUGCUUUAACAGGUGCUGGUUCGCCUAAGGCCACGGAGCUUUCUGGCGAGGAACGAACCAAGUUUAUCCUACAGCAGGCGCAUGAUUUUGAGAUAGCGUUGCAAGCUAUGGAUUAUGUCCUUGAUGACAACGCGGAGGUGGGAUUGAAGUUGCUAGCUGAUAAUCAGGCUACCAGUCCUGGUGAUGCAACGGUUGGAGCGCUUGCGAAAGGUGUUAUUGAGUUCCUUGAAGCCACUUUAGGAUUCGAACCAGAGGUAAUGAAAAAGGCCUCCACGACCCUGGCAGAAGCUGAGCAACUUUCAUUGAAAAGUAGGGCCAAGCUGCAAAAACUUAAUAUCAAGACGAGCUCUUUAUACCCACCGGGUACAGAAUAUGCAGUUACAUAUACCGAGUCAUGUUUGCUCCACGCGUUGUUAAUGCUAUUCAGUGAAUCAAUGGUGGAAGGAGCUAAGGCUUUGUUCAAGCUAAGAAAGGCGUACCACAUGCUUCAAGAUAUACUUAAAGAGAUUAAUGCAUCCGAAAAGAGAAAAAGAAGUAGCAUUUACCUUCAAGAGAUCAAUGAAUCAACUGCCAGUUUUAUUUCUUCCGGCACUUGUUUCACAUCGUAUGAUAUCCCAUAUAAGCUCACUCCCGAGGAAGAGCAAGACAAAGAACUCCUAGAUCUCGCCAACAAGGUAUAUUCCCUGAGAAGAAAACGGCUAUGUGGGGCCCAUAUCGGUAACUCACCUGCUAUUAAUAGGCUUAGAGAUGAUGUCGGAGCCGCCUCAUUAAAAAAGGGUAGCGAUGAAGAAACGCAAGAGUUCCAACUGCUCAGCGAUAACGCUAACAUAAACCAGGCGACAAUGGAUGAAUUUAUCCACUCUGGUGUGAAUUUAUGUUUUGGUAUCCUCCAAGUCGUGCUUUCAUUGAUUCCCCCAGCAAUAGGUGCCGUUCUUUCUGUUGUUGGAUUUCAUGGCUCCAGAGAGGAAGGUUUAAGACUUGUUUGGAAAUCUACCAAGGAUAGGAACAUUCACGGGGGUAUUGGGUUGCUUGGAUUGCUUUUCUACUAUGAUGGCCCCUUCCAGUUCACUGAUAUUGAUUUUGAUAUCCCAGCGGCAAGGGAUGAUAACUUGCCUGUCACCGAGAUGGACCGUCCAACUUUGUUACAUCCUGGAAAAAUCUUGACAAGUGCCUUAUUGCAAGCAAGAGCUUUAUUCCCUAAUAGUGCCUUAUGGCUACUACAGGAAGCUCGUAUGCUAUCCAAACAAGGCCGUUUAAAGGAAGCUGUGGAUUUAUUGGAUUCCAUUGAUCAUAAUACUAUUGAAAUGAAACAAGUUAAAGCCUUAAUCGUUUUCGAGAAGGCCACUACUUUGGUAUACAUGCAUGAGUUUGAAAGAGGAGCUGAAACUAUGCUGAUCAUGCUGAGUAUUAGUGAGUGGUCUCAUGCGCUGUACACAUAUUUUGCCGGGUGUUGUUAUCUUGAAAUGUUCAGAAAAUACGAAAUGGGCAUCUUGAACGGAGAAAAUGCGGCUGAAAAGAAGGCAUAUUACAAGGAAAGAGCAACUAACCUAGUAUUUGAAUCAGCGAACAUGGUUGGUAAAAAGAAGUUUAUGUCCAAGAUUCUGCCACUAGACAGAUUUUUAUUGAGGAAAGUUGAUCAGUUCAAGAAGUUUCAAAACAUUAUCAAGUCAUCAGAUCCCCUCGAUAGCAUUGGUGUAUCACCUGUACAUGAACUAAUCUAUUUCUACAAUGGAUACAACAGAAUGACUAUGAAAGAAUUGAACUUGUCAUUAAAAUCUUUGACAGAGUACCGCAACCCCACUAUCGAUCUUCAGAAUCCUGAUCAAGAACUCAUCAAGGAUCUACUCACUUCUUUAGUACUAAGACGAACAGGUAAGAUUGAAGAAGGAUGUAAGAUUUUAGAUACUCAGGUUCUCCCACAAUUGUUCACCAUACAAAACGAUAAAGUAAAGUAUAUCAAAAAGACAGAGGAUCCAUGGGUAUACCCGACCGCGUUUUACGAAAGAGCAUUAUUCAGUUGGAAAUUAAAAGGUAUGAACGGUCUGCAUGAGGCCCACGAAUGGUUGAUUCGCGCUCAGAAUUACCAGGAUGAUUACGAGUUAAGCACUAGAAUUGGGAUGAAGAUUAAAGCAGCCAAGGACAGGGUUGAAGAGUCUAUUUGA